AUGCCUAAUUUGAUGCGUUCCCCGCUGCUUAACAAGUCACACAGCAUGUCAGAGACUGACUUGGCAAAUGUCGACCUAAGGGACUGCGAUUUUUCAUUUGAGGAAAAUGUUACACAGAGAGACUGCAAGCGCCCGCGCUUGGCGGACACAGCCACAGAAAGUAAAAAAACUGAUAUUCGAACAAUCAUACGAGAAGAACUUAGCGAUGUUUUGCAGUCUCUUCAAUCACAACAAAUUUUACGCUUAGACACACUUGAGCAACAUAUAUUGGACAUAAAAAAUACAAACACAAACAUAGAAACCACGAUAUCAUUCCUUGCUUCGCAGAAUGAUGAACUGAAAAGAAAAAUAGAAAACCUGGAAAGCCAAAACAAGAAAGAUAAGGAACAAAUAACUAUUUUAGAGCAAAAACUGGAAGACAUUCAGAGAGAGGGACGGAAAAAAAACUUUGAAAUUAAAAAUGCACCUAGACAGAACGAUGAAACGAGAGAAACCUUGAUUGACAUGGUAAAGACCUUAUCGAAAACAGUUGGAUGCAAGCUUGAUGAGAGAGAUAUUACGGAUGUUUAUAGAAUCAAAGGAAAAAAGGGCGCAAAGAGCGACUCGCCCAUUAUAGUUGAAACCUCAUCUGCGAUACUGAAAACAGAGUUACUGACAAUGUGUAAGGCCUUCAACAGGAGAACGAAACAAAAGCUCUGUGCCAAACAUCUUGGGUGUAAAAGCAAUGGAGAUACUCCUGUUUUUGUCUCGGAGCAACUAACCAUCAAAGGCGCCCGAUUGUUUUUCCUGGCGCGUGACCUGGCAAGGACAAACAAUUACAAAUAUUGUUGGACUGCGUUUGGCCGAGUGUACCUGCGAGAGCAUGACACGUCUCCUGUCAUUACAGUAACCAAUGAAGCCCAAAUAAACAGCUUGAUGCAGAAAACCUGA